AUGUCUGCGUCUGACGAUGGAGAGUAUACCGAGCGAUCAACCACUCGCAGACGGAAGCGCAGGAGGACCACUAACCCAAGAGGACGAUCAUAUGUAGAAUCUCCCGAACCUUCGUUCAGUUCGCUGCUCGCGCCAGUCCUAGACGUUCUUGCAGAGCGAUAUGGGACUGCAGAAGGCAGGGAAAGAUAUGACAAUGGGUUUGAGCAGUUCAUGGAUGACCUGCUGCCGGAACUCACUCAGGCCGAAGCUGCGCUGCUGGAUAGAUUGAAGGAGGUCGACGAAUCCGGACAACUUGUGCGGCCUUUAACCCGCUCGCAAGCAAGUGAACUGCUGCAGAAGUUGACAUCGACUUCUAGCGCCGAUAAUCAGCUUUCCGCUCUUUCUGCGCUGGUGUCCAGGAAGCUGAAGCUACAGUCUGGAGACCUCCGUCGUCGGCUACUGGACGUAUCGAGUUCGCGAACUCACAGCGGACCCACAUCGCCCUUGGCUGCACGCACAUCCUCGUCUGCUAAUCCGCAAGUAAUCGACGCACUAUACUCCAUCCAAACGACGCCUUAUGAGCGAUCGUUCCUCUCGCGUGUUCAAGGCUUCCAGCCCAAACGUACUCACGGAGUCAUUGCGGUGGACUGGGAAACUCGCAGUCCGUGGAUGGAGCUCAUGAGCGAUGUCCGCCAGCAUUUCGCUCUAGCGCAUCCGGAGCGAGAACAGCUCGUGGAAACAAUUGCUCCUAUAGAGUACGUAACUCUGCAGGCGUCGCAUAUUGACCAAGUGCACGAUCUGCUUGGCCGUGUGUUCUGGGCUGGGAUUGACGUUAGCGACUCUCUCCAGUACACACCGGAGAAAUGCACCAUUGUGGCAACGUACAAACAGCUGGUAGUCGGCGCAGCAUUCCUUAGUUCGCCCCAAGAAACGUACAUCACAUACCUCGCCGUCCGCGCUGGCUGGGAGAACUCGCAAAUCGCAACGUACGUCGUUCCAUGUGUAGUCUACAGCAUAAUCUAA